CUGUCAUCUAUCAUGAUCUGUGAGCUGGCUGGCGACAUGCUCACGCGCCGCCGCGCGCCGAGUUGUCACCACGGUUGUCGCUGUCACCGUCAAGAGUGUUUUGGCUGGCCACCGUCGCCGCCACCUGCCGCGGCAAAUGUCUCGGAGCAGUUUUCAACAUCGAGUCACUAUGGCGUACGGCGUACGUCGCGCGGACGAGCACGUCUGGUGGGUCGGCAUUCCGGGUCGGCCGAAUGGGCGGAAUGCUUGUGUCAUGUCGCAUGCCGCGAUAGUCCAGCUGGUCCAGAGUAAUCGAGAGAAAUGGUCAGCCGAUAGCCGCUAGUGAGCCGCCAGUCCCGCCGAGUCCAGGCGCCUUCCCCCACUCAACAAUCUACUCAGUUCACUCGACGCUGCAUCUCGAAUCUCACCUUUGCUCUCCUCUCAUUAUCCAUCAUGGUGCGUCUCGACGGAAAGUGUAACUGCGGAGCACUCUCCAUUGCCGUCGAGGGUCAUCCCAGCAUCGUCGGUAUCUGCCACUGCACACACUGUCGGCGCUUCACCGGCAACGUCUCGACUUACAUCAUCGCUUUCCCUAUCAACGCCGCGCAGAUCACCGGGCAUCCGGCGCAGUGGACAACGCGUGCGGACUCGGGAUACUAUGCGACCCGCUUCUUCUGCGCCAAGUGCGGCUCGUCGAUGUAUGCGCACCACGACGUGCGCGAUGCCCGUGUUUUCAUUAAUGGAGGUCACUGCACUCCCGGCACGCUUCCCCCGCCUAUGCAGGAGUUCUGGCUACGCUCAUCAGAAACGUGGGACACGGCGCAUCCCAACACGCUCGUCCUCGAACGGCAGAUCACGCCGACACUCGCCGCGCCUUCCCUCCCACGCCGCAUCAGCCCGCCUGUCGGCCUUGUGUGCGGGCCCACCGCUGGCGGAUGUAAUUGCGGCAGGAUCCAGGUGCGCCUGAAGGAGAUUAAGAAGACAAUCAUUUGCCACUGUAGCACUUGCCGGCGUUUCACAGGAAGUGUCUCGGCGUAUCUCAUCACGGCUGCGCGCGACGAGCUCGAGAUCGUCGGGUGUCCGAAGUUGCAUGGCAGCGUGGCUGACUCGGGCAACGCCGUCACGCGCAUGUUCUGCCCCGUGUGCGGAAGCUCUAUCUGCAUCAUGCAGGAUCACAACCCUACCGUCGAAGUUUAUGGCGGCAUCCUCCCGCCCGGUAGUCUUCCUCCGCCCUCCUCAGAGCGGUUCCGCCACAACGCCGAGCCUUGGGCCAAGGUCUACAACUCCGUGAUGACAUCGGCCCGCAGGUCCAUCGAGGGACUUCUGAACACCCCUUGACAUGGUGGCCGUCUUCUCUAAUUCUUAAUAUCGAGAUCCCCCCUUCCUCCCUCCAAUCCCAACUCGAGUCGCGGCCUAGUGUAUCAGUAGCUCACAGUCACAUAUACGCCUAAGCGUAGCUUACAGUCACUAAUAUGCAGAAUGUUGAUA